AUGAAUUGGACAGGAGGUCAAUUGCGCCGACACUCAGCACGGCCUGGUGCUCUUUCCAAAGCUCAGAGACAGAACUUUGCUAAAUCUCGGCAAAUGAUUAACGGCAGAUCAUCUCAGUCAACUCCAUUUCGUGGAAUUCCAGAAGGGCUCUUGAAAGAUGACCAUGGAGAACUAGCAGAGGCAAACCUGAUCCCAGAGUUGGGUGAACCUCGAUCUCCCCAAUGUUUGCUUCCCAACAACACACUGGGAGACUUGAAGCGUCAACUACUUCAACAACCAGACUGGGCUGCAAUUUCUGUUGCACGCCCAUUGGAGAUGACAUUCGCUUCAUUGGAGGAGGUCAGACAAGUUGGAAAGCGGCGGAAAUUGACUGACGUUGACCGGAAACGCCUAUCAACUAAUGAAGAUCUGACUUUGCCAGAACGGUUCAAGUCCAGCAAAGGGAAGAUUCCAGAAGAAAUUGAUCUAGAUCAUGUCAAAAUACGCAUUGAUGGCCAUCUUGCCGGCUCUCACUUGGAUGACACCCAAGGAACCAUUAACCAUUCAUCGUCAUACUCAAUGCUUUUGGACUCCGAGUCCCCCACACCAUUCCAGCUAACACAACAAGGAUCAUCCCCAACCCUUUCUUGGAAGGUCGCUCAAGGUCGACUUUCGCUGAAGCCACUCCGCUCUGCACCCUGUCUUGAGGAACCAAGGACCCCGUCCAAGGCUCGUGUGGCGCAACAUGUAGAUCUUGCAGGCUACGAUUUUCUUCAGGCUGUAACUCCAAAACUCAAUCUUCCCAAGAGCUCACUCUGUCAGUCUCAAGCAGAAACAGACCGGGGAACAUCUUUAGCAAGCUUUGACGGGAAUGCGCCCGGCUCGCCUUUACCAAUGCGUCAUUUUACUAUUGAUGAUCAACUGCUUGCAGAACAAAUGCGACACAGAGUCCCAUCAGAAUCGUCUCAACGCCUUGUGCCUGGAUCUUCAUUUAGCCUUCGACGGACGUCCUCUCCAUCGCCACCACUGAUCAUAGCCGACGCCUCUUCUGACCCCAUGAUUUCCAGCUGGCUGCCCCAGCCACAGCGAAUGUUACAUCCCAGCAGCCUACUGAACACUCGCAGUGCUUCCAAUCAUCGCCUGAACAUGUUUCAAUCUACUCCUAAUGAAGUGCCUUGCCCGAGUUUAUCGGGCCCAUCCUUACCCACAGAAAACCUCGCCUGUCCCGUACCAGUGAAAAUAUUCGGCCAGGUUGUUCAGAUGGAGGAUUAG